AAUGGUAGGAACAGUUAUUAAAACAAAGUCCGGCAAGAUCCUGUUAGCCUCCAAGUGUCGAUUUGCGUAUCUCGAUUGGUCAACCGGUGCAUUGACAACAGUUGCCAAGGUGGAUAAGGAUUUACCUAACAACAGAUUCAACGAUGGGAAAUGUGAUGCCAAGGGUAGAUUUUGGGCAGGAACCAUGGGGCCUGAGUCAAGUCCUGCCGUCGUCCUACCAAAACAGGGCUCCCUCUUUUGUCUACAUCCUGACAAGUCAGUCACAAAACAUGCUGAAGACCUAGACAUCUCCAACGGGAUUGCAUGGAGUCUUGAUAAUAAGAUCAUGUACUACAUUGACUCCCUAACCAGGAUGAUUGAGGCAUUUGACUUCAAUCUAGAAACUGGUGAAAUAAGUAAUCGACGACCAGCUGUUAAGCUUACGGAUGAGGAAGGUUUGCCAGAUGGUAUGUGUAUCGACACUGAAGGAAUGCUGUGGCUAGGAUGCUAUAGCAGUUCAAGAGUGAAUCGCUACAACCCUAUCACAGGUGAGAAGCUCCAAACCGUCAUGUUUCCAGUAACCAACAUAACUUCCUGUUGUUUUGGGGGACCUAACCUGGACGAACUCUACGUGACUUGUUCUCGAGCAGGAAUCAGCGAUGAAAUCGUGAAAAACGAGCAACCCUUGGCUGCUUCGAUAUUUAAGGUCACGGGAUUAGGGGUCAGUGGAUUCGCUAGUAAUGAAUUUGAUGAUUAAUAAACUAAUCAAUCGAUUGAAAUAUGAAACCUUUUUUGUUAUGAAUUAGUUAAGUAGAUUGUCUUUACCAAUAAUGUACAGGGAAUUAUGGGGUUUUUUUUUCGCUGUGAAUGGUUCCGUUGUGGGUUUUUUUUUGGUAAGGGCCACUUAAAGGGUGUGCACAGCAUCGUUAAGAUUGGAAAUAAGAUUGGCUCAUAACUUACAAAAGAUGGUAUUGAAUAAAGUAAUUUAAUUUGCUUGAAAUGCUUCAGUUUGUGAAAAACGGGAACAAUUAGUUUGGAUCUGGCAAGUUCAAUACCUGACAACAGAUAGGAAGGAUGUUUACUAGUUUCUUUUCACUCAAAUGACAGCUUCAACUUCCACAGAUCUGUUUAGUCACAUUAAAGAGUGUAUGUAACUGUUGUAGGACAAAAAACACAAUGUCCACAGAUUUACACUAAAC